AUGCAGCUGAAGCAGCGGUUCCUGUGGACUCUCCAGAGAAGAAUUUCCAAUCCAUACCUUGAGCACACUUCUUCCCAGAUUUAUGGGGAGAAUUCUUCUUGUGCAGGAAGAGCACUGAGGAAUAUCAUUAUCGUCCAGGCAGCUGAUCUGAUCAAGGACAGAGCGAACCUCAAGGGAUUUUACAGGCGAAGCUGUGUUGGGUCAGAACUGGUCGACUGGCUUCUGGAACACUGUCCUUUCGUCCAGUGCAGAUCCACGGCCAUAGGGGUCUGGCAGCUCUUACUGGACAUGGGGAUUCUGUCAUCAGUGGACCAGCAUUUAUACUUUCAGGACACUUACGUUUUCUAUCAGUUUUCAUCUGAUGAAUGUAGCUAUCUAUACUGUGAAUUCGAACGAGAAGAAGAAUGGCAAAAUGGUGUCAAAAUGUUACUGCAGCUUGUGCCUGUCAUUCGCACCAGAGCUGGCAUCUGUGAACUGUCCCAUCGGAAAAUUGAAGACUCGGAAGAAAGCAGUGAUGAAAUUCUUGCGCGUCUAACGUCGGCGGUGCAGAGAGAGCUAGCAGCUGUCAUUGCUUUGAAAGCAAAGAAGUCUGCAAUUGAACAAGACGAGGAGAGCAGUGACAAGCACGUGCCUGUGGCAGAAGCUGACGGUGUUCCAGAUCCUCAGGCGGGGGUGAUGUGCAAGCUUCAGGAGAGAGAGGACAUCGGGCGCAUCGAGCUGGUCCAGAAGCUGGCGAGGGAGAACUGUCAGUUUUUGCAGACGGACAAAAAGGAACAGGACAAAUCUGAACACGAUGGUGAAGUGACCACAGUCCGGGAGCAGGAGCAGAACGUCCUGGUGCUGAGGAAAGUGCAGCCCGGCCAGGCCUCCCCAGGCGGGAGCGCGGACAGCGAUUGGAGAUACGUGGUCGUGUCCGGGACCCCCGAGAAGAUCUUGGAGCACCUUUUGAAUGACUUGCACCUGGAAGAAGUCCAGGACAAAGAAACAGAAACCCUCCUUGAUGACUUCCUCCUCACGUACACCGUCUUCAUGACCACGGACGACUUGUGCCAGGCGCUGCUGAGACACUAUUCUGCUAAGAAGUAUCAAGGCAAAGAAGAAAACUCCGAGGUUCCUUGUCGGAAACGUAAGGUCUUGCAUCUUGUUUCGCAGUGGAUUUCUCUGUACAAAGACUGGCUACAUGAAGAUGAACAUUCCAAAAUGUUCUUAAAGACCAUAUACAGGAACGUACUGGAUGAUGUAUAUGAAUAUCCAAUACUUGAAAAAGAAUUGAAAGAAUUUCAAAAGAUACUUGGAAUGCACCGUCGUCACACCGUGGACGAAUAUUCACCACAGAGGAAGAAUAAGGCCCUUUUCCACCAGUUCAGUCUUAAGGAGAACUGGCUCCAGCAUCGAGGCACUGUGACUGAAACGGAGGAAAUGUUUUGCCACGUGUACCUCACGGAGCACUCGUAUGUCAGCGUGAAGGCCAAAGUGUCCAGUACAGCCCAGGAGGUCCUGAGAGUCGUGGCAGAGAAGAUCCAGCACGCAGAAGAGGACCUGGCCCUGGUGUCCAUCUCCUUCUCCGGGGGAAAGCGUGAACUUCAUCCCAAUGACCUGGCCAUCUCCAAAUCCCUGGAAGCAUCUGGCCGGAUAUAUGUCUACCGGAAAGACCUGGCUGACACUUUGAACCCGUUGGCAGAAAAUGAGGAGUCCCAGCAAAGGCCGUUGAGGAUCUUGGGAAUGAACACUUGGGAUCUUGCUCUGGAAUUAAUGAAUUUUGAUUGGAGUCUCUUCAAUUCCAUUCACGAGCAAGAGCUGAUCUAUUUCACAUUCAGCAGACAAGGAAGUGGGGAGCACACGGCGAACCUCAGCCUCCUGCUCCAGCGCUGCAAUGAGGUCCAGCUCUGGGUGGCCACGGAGAUUCUGCUCUGCAGCCAGCUGGGCAAGCGGGUGCAGCUGGUGAAGAAGUUCAUCAAAAUCGCCGCCCACUGCAAAGCCCAGAGGAACCUGAAUUCUUUCUUUGCUAUUGUGAUGGGUCUCAACACCGCUUCUGUCAGCCGGCUGUCACAGACCUGGGAGAAAAUCCCUGGGAAGUUUAAGAAACUUUUCUCUGAACUUGAAAGUUUAACAGAUCCCUCCCUGAACCACAAAGCCUACAGAGAUGCGUUCAAAAAGAUGAAGCCGCCCAAAAUCCCGUUCAUGCCCUUACUGCUCAAAGAUGUAACAUUUAUUCACGAGGGAAAUAAAACGUUUUUGGAUAAUCUCGUCAAUUUUGAGAAGCUGCAUAUGAUUGCCGACACCGUCCGGACCCUGAGACACUGCAGGGCCAACCAGUUUGGAGGAGACAUGUCUCCGAAAGAGCACCAGGAGCUGAAGUCCUACGUCACCCACCUGUACGUCAUCGACAGCCAGCAGGCCCUGUUCGAGCUCUCCCACCGGAUCGAGCCCCGCGCGUGAGCCCAGCCGCACCCCCCUGAGCACCUGCAGCUCUCCCGCCACAGGACAUCCGUGCCCAGCACGUCCCUUUCCUGGGAGAAAAGAAGCUGCUGAGUUUUAUCAGUAACUCACGAGACAUGCUCCGGCCACCCGCGGCGGGGAAGGGCCUCACCUCAGCUCACCUCGCCGCUCUCGCUCUCGGCCGAGAAGGCAGAAGACUCAGAGCAUCUUGGCAUGGAGAAGCCUGGUUUCUUACAUGGACGUUGUUGAUCCCAUCCAGUUUUCAACUUGAGAUGUGCCAGCGUCAAGGCCGGGGAGCCUGUCUUGUGCAGUGGCCAGAUAUUUCUGUGAGGGCUGCCGGUUCAGGAGCAGCUCUGCGUCGCCUGCGAGCAGGUUGUUGUGUACAGGCUGUCAGAGAAGGGGCUUGUCUGAACACCAGGAGACGGUGAUGGCACGUCCAGAUUUCCAGGGAGAAGGCAUGGUCUCUGUUGCUAUUCACUGUGACGUCACCAAAGGCCCCUUGUGUCUGGGGAGCCGUGAGGACCCGUCGCUGGCGUCCGUGCCCUGAGUCCCAGAAGGGAAAUGUCGGGGCAGGCCUUGCUUUGCACCCACAGUCACUUACGGAUGUCGGCUCGCCGGUGAAAUCCGUUUCUGCAUAACUGAUUUGCAACUGUGGACAAGUUAGGCUACAUGGCUUUGCCAGUAAGGAAAAACAGGAAUCUUUAGGAGAUUGACUCAUGGUUUAACUUCCGGGGAUUUUCUUGACACGUGCAAGCAGGGUCUCCUCCUAUUGGGAACAAUACGAUUUUUGAAAGAGCGCAGGGCCUGACACCUCAAAGGCUCCAUCAAGGUGGCAGUCAGAGGUGCCUGGCGGGGCCCUGGUGCUCUGCACGCCUCUGCCGGCUCCUUGCCCGCUGGGUGCAGGGGUCACAGCCGGUACAGGGAGGUGAGUGGGGUGGGAUGUGCAAGGCACUCGGCACUCCCUCCCUAUAGAAGCGCAAGGGAGGAAGAUGGUGCUGAUUGCCCAUGUUUGUCUCACAGCAAACAUCGGAUUUAUGUUGGACCCUUGCAAGUCCUAGAGUUCAUCUUCCAGCCAAGACAGCGGCCUUCCUAUAAUUUGGUGUGUUUUUUUCUCCCUGAGUCUUUUAAGUCUUUUUUUUUUCCCUAAUGUCCAUUUUUAUAGAUUAGGGUUCCUCCAGUAAAUAAGACCCUGGCUAUUCUCCAGAAUGGGUUAGCGUCUCUUUGCCCUUCAUAAAAGCCUGUGGGAUGAGGCAAUGAAAUGCACCCGGCCAGUUAGAUACCUACCACGUUGCUAAACUCCCAGGGCGCCGGCUCCCUAUGCCAGCUCCACGCCCGUUCCAGCCCUGGGAGCCUGGUGCACUUCUCAGUCCGGCCGCCUGUGGGUCUCCCAGGUGCCUGCGCAGAACCACCUCCUGCCGCCUCAGCACCUCCGUCCAGGGCUGCCUGGCCCCUCACAGCAAGGCUGUGUCCUGGCUCAGGAGCCACACAGAGCUUGAGGAGUUGCUCAAAGGAGCCACGGGGAGAAGAUUGUUGGUAGACCUUUCAGAGAGAUUGCGUCUGCCCCAGCAUGUAAACGUCAGUCCUGAAAAUUAGCAGGAUUUUGUUGAAAGCACCAUCCAGGGCUGGCCCACUAGAGAAAUGCUCCCGGCUGCUGGGCCCGGAAUGGGACCUCCUGGAGGAGACCUGAGCCUGGAGCCAGGGCAGCAGGCGUCUCUGGUGGCCGAUCACACGCUGCAGGGGCAGGGCCUCGCCGCACGCCCAGGCCUUCCUGUCUGCUCUCUGUGUGGGGAGGAGCGUUUGCCCAGUCAAACCAUCGAAGGCCAUUUUGAUAUUGUCUCCAUGUUUUGCAUUUAAGUUUUUAUUCACAUAGGAUCUACUUUGCUCCAACGAAAACUAUUGCAAUUCCUUUAGUAGAGAACUUCUUCAGUAAAGCACCCGUUGCUUAGACCUCAUUUCAGAUAUGUCCACGGCCUAACGAAUCCACAUGUGCAUCAAGUUUAAACCCACCUCCAUGGUGUCGGCAGAGCACGCCCCACGGCGUGGGCGGACACGGGUCGGGGAGAGCGUGGUGCGGUCACGUUUCCUCCAGCCGGGGUGGGCUCUGGGGCAGCCGAGGGAAGGGAGGAUUUUGUUUACAUUAGAUUUGCUUUUCCAUCCCCAUCUUCUGAAUGUCCACAUCUCCCAAUCUUCCUGAAAUUUAGCAACUGUCUCCAGCGAUGCCCCAGGCAGCAGCUCUCAGCAAUUUCAGAAGCGCAGAGGAGAUGUAAGCCUGGGACUAAAGAACUCAAGGCGGAAUUGUGGGAGCCGGGUUUAGCUCAGCAUGGAGCUCUUCCCAAAAAUCUGAGCUGCCCAACAGUGAGCGGCCGACGUGGGGCUCAGCAGCUCCCUGUUAGUGGGGAUGGGCUGUGCUCCCUCCAAAUCCUUGCCACAGCCUCUCUGGAGUAGGUUUUUGCUGGCUAAACAGACGGGUGGACUGGAAGACGUCUAUGCUGCUUUCCGGCUCUUUUAGAUUGUUAUGGUCGCAUAAAAUCUCCAUCCGCCCCGGAAACCUGCCAGCUGCCGCCACCACCCGCCCUUCCGAGCGGUUCUCUUCGCUGCAGCACAGCCCUCCACAGCCUGCGGGUCUGGAUGUCAGCAUCCCGGCGAACCAGCCCAGCUUAGAAAUCAGCACAGCAGGUUCCCAUGGGCACAACCACAACCUUGCCGAAUGUCUCCUUUCUCCGUCCAUACUUACAGACGCUCCAAAGACCACAGCGUUUCAGAGUCACUUCUUAUAAUCUGCACAAUUGCCAAAUGGUUGCCCUGAUAAAUAUGAUGGCCUGCAUUCACUUUAUAUCAUUAAUUACGUUUAGAAGAAGUUCAUUUACCCAGACCCUGUCCACAGGCAAGUCAGGUGGGGCGUGCACCGAGCUCAGCAGCGUGAGGAUAAAGUAAAAGGCCACCUUCCCGGUAGGCGGGGGCAGAUGCCGCUGCUCGGUGAGGCUUACCGCCUCCUGGUGGGAGAAACGGCUGCAGGAAGGAGAGGGUGCCUGGGGCCUGGGCCCCCAGAGCUGGGCUUGCCCCGCGGCCCCCCGUCCCAGCCCGGCCGCCUUGUGACAGCCCUCACAUACGCAGACUCGGUGUUCCCACAUGGCACAAGUACCCCAAGCUUCUCGGAAACAAGGGGAAAACGUGAAAAUGGGGACCAUCGGGUGCCCUGCCAUUGUCUGACACAGAUUUCUUUUCAACGCUUCAAACACGUCCUUAAAAUUUCAGCCUGCUUGUGAUGAGCGGGCCACUGUGCCGAACACUGGGAGUGGGGAAAUGUUUUUAAAAUUUGCCAAAAAGCUAGAUGAAAAUGUACUACUGUAAAAAGCAAAGCUGUACAUACUAAACGUUUUUUAGCAGAGCACUAUUUAUUUGCAUAGCCUAUUUAUUGUAUUCGUGUCACGCCGUUAAAUGCUGGGACGGAAUCAGUGAGCUGCAGCAAGGAGUCGGGCCUUCCAACAUGUCGUGCAUUAGGACUGCGGUGGCGUCGUCAGUGGGCGGGAACGCUUAGCCGAUAGCCAGCCCGCAACCAGGGUGCCCACCUAUCUUCUCAGGGACCACACCCCGUAGUUUUCCACCAUUGCAGGAGCUGGUAAAUAUGAAACAUGGGUUGAAUUACCAGAAUUGCCAUUAACAGUAUUUCCUUCCUCAGAUUUCAUGCUUUCUGCUUCUGUACAUAUAUGACUGUGCUGUGUAUUUAUCGAAGCUAGUAAGCAAUAAUUUAUAUGUAAAAACAGCCGGGCAAUAUAAGGUGAAAACUUAUAUGUCACUGUUACCUUAUCUUGUAUUUUCAAGUGUUUUUUUAAAACUGCUUUUCCAAAUAUAAGAUGAUGCUAAUAACGCUA